AUGUCCUGGAAACUCACCAAAAAGCUGAAGGAGACGCACCUGUCGCCUCUGACCAGCACAUUCGGUCGCUCAUCGUCCACCUCUACCAUCAAGGGUGAAUCGAAUAGCCACGGGGGUGACGAGACUCCGGUUUCGUCUCAGCCUCCCAGCACCACUCCAACCGCGUCUUCAAAUGGCAUCGCUGCAUCAGAAUCGCUCGUGUCACCCCCAGUGGCUCCUGUCAAGCCCGGCAUCCUGAUCGUCACCCUUCACGAAGGCCAAGGCUUUUCCUUGUCUCCCCACUACCAGCAAAUCUUCAACUCUCACUUCCAAAACAAUUCUUAUGCCCCAUCAUCUCUGCGACCCAGCACCUCCUCUUCGUCACACUCGUCCCAUGGGCAGGCGGGCUCUUUUGUGCAGUCGAAUCGCCCGCAAUCCACCAGCGGGGGUCUCAAUGCUCCAACCAUUCACGGCCGUUAUUCCACCAAGUAUCUUCCUUAUGCUCUCCUCGAUUUCGAAAAGAACCAGGUCUUCGUAGAUGCGGUUUCGGGUACACCAGAGGCCCCCCUUUGGGCAGGCGACAGCACCGCAUUCAAGUUCGAUGUGUCCCGCAAGACUGAACUGAAUGUUCAGUUGUAUCUGCGGAAUCCUGCUGCUCGGCCUGGCGCUGGCCGAAGCGAGGAUAUCUUUUUGGGUGCCACCAAAGUGCACCCGCGCUUCGAGGAAGCCGGCCAAUCCUACGUGGAUGACCCAAAGCUGAGCAAGAAAGACAACCAAAAGGCGGCCGCCGCACACGCUGCACAGGAGCGCACCAUGGGUCAACUGGGUGCCGAAUGGCUGGAUCUCCAGUUUGGAACUGGCUCCAUCAAGAUCGGCGUCUCCUUUGUUGAGAAUCGACAACGCAGUCUGAAGAUGGAGGACUUUGACUUGUUGAAGGUUGUCGGAAAGGGCAGUUUCGGCAAGGUCAUGCAGGUCAUGAAGAAAGACACCGGCCGAAUCUACGCUCUCAAGACCAUUCGCAAAGCUCACAUCAUCUCCCGCUCCGAAGUCACGCACACUCUGGCCGAACGUUCCGUGCUGGCACAGAUCAACAAUCCCUUCAUUGUGCCUCUCAAGUUCUCAUUCCAGUCGCCAGAGAAGUUGUACUUGGUUCUUGCCUUUGUCAAUGGUGGAGAACUCUUCCACCACUUGCAGCGUGAGCAGCGGUUCGACAUCAACCGUGCUCGAUUCUACACUGCCGAACUACUGUGCGCUCUCGAAUGUCUGCACGGAUUCAAGGUCAUCUACCGUGAUUUGAAGCCUGAGAACAUCCUUCUCGAUUACACUGGGCACAUUGCGCUCUGCGAUUUCGGUCUCUGCAAGUUGGAUAUGAAGGAUGAAGAUCGCACCAACACAUUCUGCGGUACCCCCGAGUAUCUUGCGCCAGAGCUUCUUCUUGGAAAUGGAUACACAAAGACCGUUGAUUGGUGGACUCUUGGCGUCCUGCUCUACGAGAUGUUGACGGGUCUGCCGCCGUUCUACGAUGAGAACACCAACGAAAUGUAUCGCAAGAUCUUACAAGAGCCAUUGACCUUCCCAAGCAGUGACAUUGUUCCCCCUGCGGCACGGGAUCUUCUCACACGCCUGCUCGACCGUGAUCCUGAGCGCCGCCUUGGUGCCAACGGUGCUGCAGAGAUCAAGUCACACCACUUCUUUGCGAACAUCGACUGGCGCAAGCUGUUGCAGCGCAAGUAUGAGCCCAGCUUCCGUCCCAACGUGGUCGAUGCUCGUGACACCGACAACUUCGACAAAGAAUUCACUGGGGAGAUGCCUCAGGACUCCUACGUCGACGGCCCUGCCCUUUCUCAAACCAUGCAGCAACAAUUCGCCGGUUGGUCGUACAACCGACCGGUAGCUGGUCUGGGCGAUGCAGGCGGCAGUGUCAAGGAUCCUUCCUUUGGCAGUAUCCCGGAGUAA